AUGUUGUCGGUCGUGCUGAGCGCUAGCGCCACCACCACCACCACGAUAACGAUGAACAGAGGCGAGCAGGAGCAUCUCUACCGCCAGUCACGCAAUCUACGGCUGCAGCAGCAGGAAGCGAAGGCCCAACAGCAGCAGCAACCAGCAUUCGCCGGUGGAGCUCGCCACCAGCAGCGCCACUACUCCUACGGUAACAUCCAGCAGUACAUAAGUGGCAGCGGCGGCGGCACGGCCGGAAGUGGCUCGCUGAUGAUCGCCCGCGGUCUGGGAUCGUUCACGUUGGAGGCCGACCAGGGCGGACUGGGUGGCCCCGGGGCGUCGGCCUGUGACGAUCUGGUGCUGAGCGUGCUCAAGUCACCGGUGAAGGAGACGACGAACCUGCUGCCGGCGGCGGCCAGCAACAGCAACAGUCGCAACAUUUCUGCCAGCCCCAGCGCCGGCAGCAAUGGGCUCGGGUUGGGCGGUGGGUCGUCCACCCAAACGCCCAGCCCCGGAGGUGGUGCCUGCGGGGCGGGCGGAUCGUCCGGCGGCAUGAUUAGCUACCGGGCGCUCCAAGGAUCGGAGGACGAUCUGGUGGACGACAUCGAGUCGGCGAUCGAGACGACGGAACUGAACGCGAACGACUCGUACCGAUCGCUGCAACCCCUUCAACCCGGAGGCGGAAGCGGUGGAGGUUCCUCUUCGCCCCGGGCCCUUAAGUUUCUGAGGCGCUUCCGGCCGGGCAAACCGGCGCGGACCUUCGAGCCGCACCAUCGGCGGGUGCCGACGCCGGUCAGGCGGAAGAACCGGAGCCGCUCCCGGUCUCGGUCCACCGACAUUCUGGACGGUGUGGGGUCCGUGCAGGGGGACCUCGACGAUGAUGUCGACCUGGACGUCGAUGAAGUCAACGGGCUGGGAACGCCGGUCGGGGAUCCGCUCCGUCCCGGAGGAGCAAUCGGUGCUGGUGCCGGUGGCGGAACGGCCACCGGAAAUGGCAACGGCACUGGCGGUAAGAACCUGGGCGUCCCGAACCCCUACUACCCGAUCGCCCUCCCCAUCGACCAGGCGUUCAAGGCCAAGUACGUGUUCCACCAUCGGCGUGGCAAAACGGUCCAGGAGCGGUUCUACGUGUUCCUCGAGCAUCCCGUCGGUUGGCUGUGUUUUGUGUACCACUUUUCUGUGUUUCUGCUCGUGCUGGUGUGUCUGAUAUUUAGCGUACUGUCGACGAUAGACGAGUACAGUAAGUUCGCGAACGAGACCUUGUUCUGGAUGGAAAUCUGCCUGGUGGUGUUCUUCGGCGUCGAGUACCUGGUCCGGCUCUGGUCGGCCGGCUGCCGCUCGAAGUACAUGGGCUUCUGCGGCCGGCUACGCUUCAUCCGGAAGCCAAUCUGUAUCAUAGAUCUAAUCGUAGUGGUAGCGUCCAUGGUUGUGCUGUCCGUCGGCUCAAAUGGUCAGGUGUUUGCGACGAGCGCGAUCCGGGGCAUCCGGUUUCUGCAGAUCCUGCGGAUGCUGCACGUCGACCGCCAGGGUGGCACCUGGCGGCUCCUGGGCUCGGUGGUGUUCAUCCACCGGCAGGAACUGAUCACCACCCUGUACAUCGGGUUUCUGGGGCUGAUCUUCAGCUCGUACUUUGUGUAUCUGGCCGAGAAGGAUGUGCUCGGGCCGGACGGAAAGGCGGACUUUGCCAGCUACGCCGACGCGCUCUGGUGGGGCGUCAUAACCGUGACGACGAUCGGCUACGGGGACACGGUGCCACAGACGUGGAUGGGCAAGAUCGUCGCCUCCUGCUUUAGUGUGUUCGCAAUCUCGUUCUUCGCACUGCCGGCCGGUAUCCUGGGGUCCGGAUUCGCCUUAAAAGUACAACAGAAGCAACGGCAAAAGCACUUCAACCGCCAGAUACCGGCCGCCGCGAUGCUGAUCCAGUGCCUGUGGCGCUGCUACGCCGCCGACAAGAGCUUCCACAGUGACGCCACCUGGCAGAUCUACGUCAAGUCGAGCGACAACGGCACCGGCAACGGCAACAGCAGCACCGCCCUUCCCUCUCAGUUGGGCAAAGUGAGUGCGAUGUUUAGCGGUACCCUAAUGGUGCAGGUGGCGCGGCGCGGAGCAUCGGUGCUGAAGCGGCGCAAGUCCCGGAACCGGAUGGAGGCCCCCGGAGUGAAGUCCGGUGCCGGUGCAGCGAACGCGGCCACCGGAGCACCGAGCCAAGCGGGCGGUGCUGGUGGCACUUCCGGGACGGGCGGUACGGACGGUGCCCAGGCGGUGCCCAACACUCCCGGCCCGGGCCCGAUGUCGGCGGACCUGACCAAAAGCGAAUCGGAUGGCGACGUCGUUUUCUACAUGGAGGAACCGCGCCCCGCAGGAACGCCACAGCGAACGCGCCGUAACGAUCCGAACCGGGGCGUGUUCGUGAGCCAAAACAGUUCCGUAACGGAAGCGCCGAGUGACGAGGUGGAGCCCGAACCGGAACCAGACGACGAGCCGGAACCGGCACGCGUCACACAGCUCACGGAAGCGCACCGGAACGCAAUACGGGCGAUCCGGAAAAUCAAGUACUUCGUGGCCCGCCGCAAGUUCCAGCAGGCGCGCAAACCGUACGACGUGCGGGACGUGAUCGAGCAGUACUCGCAGGGCCACCUCAACAUGAUGGUGCGCAUCAAGGAGCUUCAGCGGCGGCUGGACCAAACGCUGGGCAAACCGGGGAGCUACCUGGCCGGCAUCGAUCGGGUUGGCAACGUCAAGCCGAUGACGGUCGGUGCCCGGUUGUACCGGGUCGAGCAGCAACUAUCUGUGAUGGACAAAAAACUGGAUCAAUUAACGCACGCCAUCAACUCGAUGACGCUGCAGCAGAAGAUGAUAUUACCGCCGCUCGUCCAGCAACAGCAGCAGCAGCAGCAGCAGCAGCAGCAACUGCUGCACCACCAGCAGCACGCGCUACACUCACCCGCGACGCUCGGUGCGAUCGUGCAGCACCAACAGCUGCAGCAGCAGCACCACCAACACCUGCAGCACACACCGAUCUCCCCGCUGCAGCUCCCGGCCGCGCCCUCCCAAGUGUCCUCACCGUCGAUGGCGAUGAAGUGUCUCGAGGACGAUGUAUAA